CUCGAAACCAACAGCUUUGUCUACCCUAGGCACUAUACCGCCGCGCCAGUCUUUGUGUCUUUGUUGCCAGGGCUGCCACGGCAAUCGUCCUUGCAUGUCGAGCGCAGCGCCGUUGGAUGGCAACGUGGCAUGCGAAACAAGAAAUAGCCCGUCGACGACGCUGUGUGACAGUGUGACACUCCCUCCGCUGCGGCGGGACAGCCUCGACGAUGCCUUGGACGCACUGCCGGGGGGACCAGGUCGAAGCCAAGUCCCGAUUAUGCGGGUGGUAUCUAGGUAUGUAGUACCCAUUGUACCAUCAAUGUCUUACAUGCCGGGCAAUGUCGAGGAGUGUCGUGUUCCAAGGACAUGCAGCAGAUGCAGCAACCACACCCCAACACGCGUCAACGACACUCGGACACGUACUUGACUCAAAAGCUGGGGGAAAAGACUCCGACGUCGACAGGCUACUUGAUCAUCGACGAUGGCUGGAUAGCAUCAAGGGAUAGUGAGCUCGCCCGCGGCUUGACUGCGCACCAUCAUGGCAGGUCACGCACCAAGACUGACGACGCAUUGGACGUCCAAGGCAGACCUCUUGCUGGACUGUAUACCGUACAGAUACAGCAUCAUCGACGUCGCUCAUGGGAUGCAGGCAAGACCAGCUCAGGCCCUGCAGGCCUCUUUUUCCAUCAAGCCGGGACGGCGACAACGGCUCACGAGCGAUUCGCGAAUGCCACAUCGCCAUUUCUGCGCUGCCAAGGGCCUUUGGUGGUUUGGCAGGGACUGCCAGUGCCCAGUGCACUGUGCCCCAGUACGAACAUGUAAUCCGAUACAUGCUUGCGGGCGCCAAGCCGCCCGCGUCUGCGCCAUCGUCGCAGGAAGAACUUGACGGCAGGGGAAAAAUGGGUUGCGGUGAAGUCAUUCGCCUCUACCUACAUGGCUAGCGAGUCGAGUCUUCGCCGGGGACCCCGUUCAGGCGAAGGGCUCGGCGGCGACCUCUUCGAGC